UAGAGAAACACGCACAGGGCACAAUUUAGAAUUUAGGCGUUUGUUUCCAUUACGAGAAGAUAUUGGAGUGCUGACCACAUCAAUUGAUCGACAAGUUGAGGUGAUCAUGACGAAAAAGUCAACAUGGCAAUCAUACGAUGCAACAGAUUUAAGCAGCAAAGCAAUCGGCUCAAGUCAAAUGUAUGCAUACGGUCGGCAUUUUGUUGAUGGAUAUGGUCGGAUUAUUCAACUUCGUGGUAUGAAUGUAAGUGGUGCUAAUAAAUUACCUAGCAAGCCUGAUGGAUUAUUUGCUCUAACAGCCGAUCAAUUCUUUGCACAUCAAUCGGUAAGCUUUGUAGGAAGGCCAUUUUCACUCGCAGAUGCACCUCUUCAUUUUGCAAGGAUCAAGGCUUGGGGCUAUACAUGCAUUCGAUUUUUGGUAACUUGGGAAUCAAUAUCACAUAGCGGACCCGAUCCCGAUAGAGAUAUGGACUUGGAAUAUGUCGAAUAUUUGGAAAAGCUAAUCGACCUACUACCCCAGUUUGGACUCAAGAUAUUCAUUUGUGCCCAUCAAGAUGUAUGGAGUAGAUUCAGCGGCGGUAGUGGAGCACCCGCAUGGACGUUUGAGAAAGCUGGAUUGGAUAUUGAAGCUUUCAAGCCAACGGGAGCAGCAUACAUCCCGCCUCUUUCGGGUGACGAUGAAGCGCAAUACUCAGGCGCUCAUCCUUCUACGUCCAAGAAAAAAGAACCUGUUGGAGCCUUCGUUUGGCCUUCUGGGUAUCAAAAAGCAGCAGCAGCUACGAUGGCAACCUUGUUCUGGAAUGGAGAGCGUGUUGCAUGGACAUUGAAGCUCCCAAGCUUCAAUGCUAAUAUCACACAAGCUGAUGAACUAAACAUUCAAGAGUACUUGCAAGCGUCAUACAUCGAGACUUUUGGUAAAUUGAUGGACAGACUAGGUAAAUACGAAGCCGUGAUAGGGUUUGAUCUGAUGAACGAGCCUCAUCGUGGAUAUGUUGGAACUAAAGACUGGAAUAAUUGGUGUUACGAGACAGAUUUGCAUAUCGGCCACUAUCCUAGCUUGCUUCAAAGUUUAGCUUUGGCAAGUGGUUACAAGCAAGAGAUCCCAUUCUAUGUCAAAUCCUGGCCGUUCCCUACCCGUAAAUCACACAAGAGUGUAGUUGACCCGAUGGGCAAAUCAGUCUGGCUAUCGGACAAAGGAUCAGGAGAAUGUGUCUGGCGUGCACACGGAGCGUGGCAAUGGGAUAAGCAAAGGGAGCAGCCCGUGGUCCUAUGCGAAGACUUCUUCACGCAUGAUCCACGACCUGGAAAGGGAAAGAAGGAAAUUGAAUGGUACAAAGACUGCUAUGCUCCGUUCAUACAUCGACUAAGCGAAAGAAUAGGAAGAACGCACAAGCAUCUGCAUUGUUUCGUAGAGCCGAUACCGAACGAAUUCUUCCCUCCUUGGUCUAACCCUGACGUCCUGGCGAAACUGGAUCGAGCAGAUCGUGAUGAGCUGGCAGAGGCAACUUUGGUACAGGAUUACGCUGUAAAGACGUAUAUUGAUACACCUAGACCACCUCGCUUCAUCUACUCCCCUCACUUCUACGAUCUCAACGUUUUGUUCGGCAAGAUACACAGCAGUAUGAGUGUAGACGUACAAUCGCUUAGCAGAGGAGGCUUCAUACUUCGAUCACUUUUCUUCGGUAAAGAAGGAUUAAAGAAGAAUUAUCAACGACAAAUUUCCAAAUUGGUAGACAAUGGUCAAGUUUCAUUUGGAUCUAUGCCAACUGUGAUUGGAGAAGUUGGAAUACCUUGGGACAUCAAUGGCGGCCAUGCAUUACGCACUGGUGAUUAUAGCAAACAAGAAGAACUUUUGGAUGCUUUGAUCGAAGCAAUGGAACAAGCACAAGCAGGGUUCACAUUAUGGAAUUACAAUCCUGAUAAUACAACACAGAAAGGAGAUGGUUGGAAUCAAGAAGAUUUCUCAGUGAUGUGUAAUGAUGCACAUGCACAGGAUAUCGACAACCCCACUUCGAGUGAGAAAGACUUGGAUGAAGAUUUCGUCAAACUGCAUCGAGGCGGUCGUGCAUUGUCAGCGAUCAUUCGGCCUUAUGCAACCAAAGUAGCCGGCUAUCCAAUUCACACAAAAUGGGAUCGAAAUAAACUCCUGUUUGAUUUCCACUAUGUCAACCCGCCCGUUGAGAUUCGAGAAGCGGCUUUACAUGCAGCAGGAAAGUCUGCACCUGCUCGAUCAGAGGAAGCAAUGACAACGAAGGUAUUUGUGCCUCGCUAUCACUUUGAUGGCCUUGAUAUUCGUGUACAAGUCAGUGACGGUGAGCAUCACCUUGAUCUGGACCGUCAGACGUUGAGCGUCAAGCAUGCCAACAACACGCCAGGUUUCACACACAAGAUCAGAAUAAGCGUCAAUGGACCAUUGUCCGAAGAGAAGUUGAGUGAUUCUCAAAGGGCUUUAGUACAUCACAGAGCAAUCGUCAAGAAGAGAAGGGAGAAAUUAAUCGAUCUUUCGUUCGAACAAUGGGGUGCAAUCCUUGUCCUCUCGCUUGGGAUCAUUAUCAGUAUGGUUAUUGUUCAUUUUGGUCUAUCAUACGCCAACGCUUGAAACAUUCAAAGUAGAUUUUAAAAUCUCCCAAGAAGGAGUAUUGUAAUGAUUG